AAACCUCAAAUCGCGCACGCUUCAUGCCCUUGCGGGUCGAAUCGCUCGUCUCCAGGCUCUCGUCCCGCCUCUCGUCGCUCUUCCUCACCCCAAAGGCCACCAUGCCCGUCGCCGUUGGGCGGUCGCCGUCGCCUUCGGGCGAGCGGCCGGCCAAGAAGGCCAAGGUUGAGGGUGUUGUCGCGGACGUUGCUGCUGCCGCCGCUGCCGCCGCUGCCGCUGCUGCACCCAAGGCCAAGGGCAAGUCGACCGACGGACCCAUCCCGCCCUCGUUUCCCGGCCUCACGACAGAGGAGAUUGUGCGCCGCACCGAGGUGGAGAUGGCCCUCCCCAUCGAGAUCCCGCGGACCUACCCCUACGAGCUCAACUACCGCGACAAGCUGGUCCUCGCGCCCAUGGUGCGCACUGGCACACUGCCGACGCGUCUGCUGUCGCUGUACUAUGGCGCUGGACUGGUGUGGUCGCCCGAGAUUGUCGACAAGGCUAUUAUCGGCGCAACGAGGACCGUUGAUCCCGUCACGGGUGUCAUCACCUACUCCAAGGGCCAGGGCCCAAUCUUCACCACCCACCCGAUCGAGAAGCCCUUCCUCAUCUUCCAGAUCGGCUCGGCCAACCCCGAGCUCGCGGUGGAGGCAGCCAAGGUCGUCGAGCAGGACGUCGCUGGUGUCGACCUCAACUGCGGUUGCCCCAAGCCGUUCUCGACGCACUCGGGCAUGGGCGCCGGUCUGCUGUCUACGCCAGAUCUCCUCCUCGACAUUCUCCGUGCGCUCCUCCGUAACAUCAACCUCCCGGUCAGCGCCAAGAUCCGCAUGCUGCCCGAGCAGGAGCCUACUCUCCUCCUUGCGGCCAAGAUCCUGCGAACUGGCGUCUCCAACCUCACGGUGCACUGCCGCACCCGUUCGAUGCGUCCCAACACGGUGGCGAUGUGGGACCGUCUCGGGGACAUUGUCAAGCUCGGCGCCCGCCGCAACCUCCCAGUUAUCUGCAAUGGCGACGGUGAGGGCUGGGCCAACUGGGACAAGAUCCGAAGCACGACUGGCGCGACGUCGGUCAUGCUGGCCCGCAGCGCGGAGAAGAACCCGAGCGUGUUCCAGCCCUCGGGGCCAGAGUGCGCCAUCAAGGUGAUCAUCCCGCAGCUGCUCAACAUUGCCGAGUACACUGCCAACCCCUGGGGCAACACCAAGUUCCUGCUCAUGCAGUUCAAGCCUAGCCCUGCGCCCAUCUCGACGCUGAGCAAGCAGGAGAGGAAGGAGGCCAGCGAGGUCAUGUCGCGGGCCAAGAGCGCACAGGACGUCGUGGACAAGUACGGGUUCGAGCUGGGGCAGGGCAAGGCGUUCAUGGACGAGCUUGAGGUGCGCCUCAAGGCCCACCCAGAGUGGAACGUCUGGGAAGCGCGCAAGGUGGCUGAGGGGGAGGGUGUGGUCGUUGAGGCGGCCGUGGAGGAGGAGGAGGAGGCGUCGAACGGUAGCACGAGUGAGGAGCUUGACGAGGAAGAGGCGGCUGCGAACGCCGCCCACCCCGCAUAGAUGGUAGCAUUGUUACAUGAUGUAUUACUAGCAGUAU